AUUAUGUAGGCAAGCCCAUGUCAUUAUUCGACUUAGUUUUGUGAUUUACCCUCUUAUCGUGUUGAUCUUUCUUCUUAAUUAUUCAGAAUAGACAACACUUUCAAAAUCGUAAUUAAUGAUAACAAGGGCAUCUCUUGCUGCACAAAGUUUACGCGAUAUCAUCUCAAUUUAUCGUCGAAUAAUGAGAUAAAUGGCUAAAGUUAUACCCCCCACAGCUCGAUAUCUCUAAUCUUGAAUAGUUUCGGUGUGUCUGUCAAUUUAUCAGCAUCUCUCUUUCUUUCUCUCGUUAUUAUACAUAUGCUCAUUCGAAAAUGGGCAUUUUAAAGUUUUACAAGGCUCCCGGAUUGAAGGCGGGACAGCUGAAGAGCAAACUACACAAGGUGUCGGAAAUCGAGACUUCGGUGACCGAUCUUGAGACAGAAUUGUGUUAUUACGUAGAGAUCACCGAGCCGCUCCGGGAAGAAGAGAUUAGGAUAUUAAAAUGGAUCUUGUCACCUCCCUUCGAACGAGAAUGCUUGCAAUAUGACAGUGUAUUCAAUAAUAUUCAAGAUGAUGCUGUUGUUAUUGAAAUUGGACCCAGGUUGAACUUCUCAACAGCAUUUUCCACUAAUGUAGUGUCCAUUUGUAAAUCUGUGAAAUUGAAUAAAGUCACGAGAAUAGAAGUGUCAAUUAGAUAUUGUAUCAAAUUUAAAGGGCUUGUCGAUAAGAAAGUAGAAAAUGACAUUGUAGAGAUAUUGGGAGAUAAAAUGACAGAAUGUAGAUACGUAAAACCUGUUGAAACAUUUGAUCAUGGCUUUAGGCCAGAGAAAUGGUUUGAAGUUGACCUAAUUAAAAAAGGCAGGAAAGCUUUGGAAGAAGUUAAUUUGAAAUUGGGCUUGGCAUUUGACGACUGGGAUUUAGACUUUUAUACCAAAUUAUUUCUUGAGAAAUUAAAGCGUAAUCCAACAAGCGUAGAAUGUUUUGACCUUGCCCAAUCUAACAGUGAACAUAGUCGUCAUUGGUUCUUUAAGGGACGUAUUAUUUUGGAUGGUAAAGAAGAAGAAAAAUCCUUGAUUGACAUGAUUAUGGACACACAAAAUUACUCAAAUUCGAACAAUGUAAUUAAAUUUAGCGAUAACAGCAGUGCUAUAGAAGGAUUUCAAGUCCCUGUCCUGUGUCCUGUAGAAACUCACAAAUGUAGCAAUUUUCAUCUGGAAGAUAUGAAGCAGCAUCUCAUUUUUACAGCGGAGACACACAACUUUCCAACUGGUGUGGCACCUUUCAGUGGUGCCACAACGGGUACUGGAGGGCGACUAAGAGACAUUCAAGCAAUCGGUAGAGGAGGAAAUUACAUAGCAGGCACUGCAGGUUACAGUGUUGGCAAUCUUCAUAUUUCAGGCUAUGACUUGCCAUGGGAGGAGAAGGAUGCAGUUUAUCCCAAUAACAUGGCAUUGCCGUUAGAAAUAAUAAUCCAAGCAAGUAACGGCGCUUCUGAUUAUGGGAACAAAUUUGGAGAGCCUGUCGUAUGUGGCUUCGCGCGUUCUUAUGGAGCAACGAAUUAUGCGGGAAUUAGACGAGAAUGGAUCAAGCCUAUAAUGUUCAGUGGAGGUUUAGGAACGAUGGAUGCAAAUUUGACUAAUAAGGUUUCAGCAGAACGGGGUAUGGAAGUGGUCAAGAUCGGUGGACCUGUUUAUCGAAUCGGCGUAGGUGGUGGUUCAGCGAGUUCCGUAGAGGUGCAGGGUGACAACAGUACCGAGCUAGACUUCGGUGCUGUGCAGCGCGGCGAUCCUGAGAUGGAGCAGAAAUUAAAUCGCGUAGUGCGUGCAUGCACGGAAAUGGGUGAUAGUAAUCCGAUCCUUAGUAUCCACGAUCAGGGCGCCGGCGGUAACGGAAAUGUUUUAAAAGAACUAGUGGAGCCUGCAGGUGCCGUCAUCUUUACUAAGAAUUUUGACCUCGGCGAUCGCAGUAUCAGUACAUUAGAGCUCUGGGGCGCGGAAUACCAAGAGAGCAACGCGAUUCUUUGCAAAUCAAAGGACGAGGAUUUAUUAAAGAGAAUCGCCGCGCGUGAAAAGUGCCCCAUCAAUUUCGUUGGCACUGUCACGGGAAAUGGAAAAAUCAUUGUUUCCGAGGAGGAGAAUUAUGAACACGCGUCAAAGUAUUUUAAUAAUGAAGACGGAAGCCUGGAUGGCAGCAAGCAUCCAGUGAAUCUGGAACUAGAAGUUAUUCUUGGAAAAAUGCCUCGUAAGAUUUUCAAUCUGGACAAGAUAUCGUCGCAAAAGUUUCCCAUGAAGUUGCCCAAUGAAUUAACAGUUCUCAACGUCUUGGACAGAGUUCUUCGAUUACCUUCGGUGGCUAGCAAGCGGUAUCUAACAAACAAGGUGGACCGUUGUGUAACGGGUUUAGUGGCCCAGCAGCAGUGUGUCGGUCCAUUGCAUACUCCUCUGGCAGACGUUGCAGUGGUAGCCAUUUCAUACUUUUCUGUGGAAGGCAUCGCAACGUCCAUCGGCGAACAACCGAUUAAAGGAUUGGUGAAUGAAGCGGCUGGCGCUCGAAUGACAGUUGCCGAGGCUCUCAGCAACCUAGUAUUCGCGCGUAUCACGAAUCUGCGAGAUGUCAAGUGUAGCGGCAAUUGGAUGUGGCCGGCGAAACUUCCUGGCGAAGGAGCGGCGCUCUACGAAGCUUGUUCGGCGAUGUGUUCACUGAUGAAGGAACUCGGAAUCGCGAUCGAUGGCGGUAAGGAUUCGCUCAGCAUGGCCACGCGUGUCGACAAAAAUGUUGUCAAGGCGCCCGGCGCUCUCGUUGUGUCUUGCUACGCACCGUGUCCCGACAUUCGCCGAGUAAUUACCCCGGACCUCAAGGCUCCCGCUGCGGGACGGCAGAGUUAUCUGCUCUUUAUUGACUUGUCUCGCGGGAAGAGUCGGCUCGGUGGUACAGCCCUAUCUCAAGUUUAUAAUCAAUUGGGCGAUGACGUACCUGAUGUUGAAGAUGCGGAGACUUUGAAAAAUGCCUUCAAUGCCACGCAACAAUUAAUCGCCGAUGAAAAGGUCCUCGCUGGUCAUGAUGUCAGCGACGGUGGAUUGAUCACGUGCCUCCUAGAAAUGUGCUUUGCCGGAAUUUCAGGGAUAAAUGUCGACAUAACUCACAAGUCUGCAUCUGCCAUUAACAUUUUGUUUUCCGAGGAGGUUGGCUGGAUAUUAGAGAUCGACGAGAAAUAUCGUGACGAAGCAAUGAAAGUGUUUCAGCGCUACAGAACCCCCGUGUACUUGAUCGGAAAAUCCGCGGGUUUCGGAAUGAACUCAGAAGUGAUCGUCAAGGUGCGCGGUAAUAUCGCACUAAGAACUACAGUAAUCGAUUCGAUGACUAUCUGGGAAGAGACCAGUUACCAGCUGGAGCGUCAUCAGACAAACGUCACCUGCGCCUUGGAAGAGUUUUCUAAACUACGGGAACGAAACAUUCCCGCCUACCGUCUUAGUUUCGAUCCUGUUAAGUCUCAUUCGAUACCACAGAAGAAUAUCAAAGUAGCCGUGAUAAGAGAAGAAGGUAUCAACGGCGACAGAGAGAUGGUCGCUUCUCUAUUAAAAGCUGGCUUCGAUGUUUGGGAUGUUACGAUGCAAGAUCUGCUAAAAGAUUGUAUCACCCUGGAGAUUUUCAGAGGUAUCAUCUUUCCCGGUGGCUUCAGUUACGCCGAUGUCUGCGGUUCUGCUAAGGGAUGGGCAGCCAGCUUUCUCUUUCAUCCAUCUCUACGUGAGCAGUUGCGGCGAUUCGUUGCUCGCGAAAACACUUUUAGUUUGGGAGUUUGCAAUGGUUGUCAAUUGAUGAGUCUUCUAGGAUGGGUGGGUGACGAAGACAUUGAAAAAAAUAAAAGUGGAGGAAUUUAUUUGGAUCAUAAUCUUUCGGAGAGAUUCGAAUGUAGGUGGAGCACUGUUAAGAUCGAGAACUCACCGUCGAUCAUGUUAAAAGGAAUGGAAGGUAGUGUUCUUGGAAUAUGGGUGGCUCAUGGAGAGGGCAGAUUCAUUUUCCGCGAGGAAGUUCUAGAAUCUCUUGAAAGAAAUAACUGCUUACCAAUCAGAUAUACAGAUGAUUACGGCAAUCCGACUGAACAGUAUCCUAUGAAUCCGAAUGGCAGUGUAAAUGGCAUAGCCGCUGUUUGCUCUAAAAAUGGUCGACAUCUGGCGAUGAUGCCACAUCCGGAGAGAUGUACGCAAAUAUGGCAAUGGCCUUGGAAACCAGUAGAUUGGAAUUUGGAAGUCUCAUCACCAUGGCAGCGACUCUUCGAUAAUGCGUAUAAUUGGUGUCAAGAGUGCGACUGAAAACUUGCUUAUCAAAUUCGAUAAGGUGUUUUAUCGAUAAAGAACUUUGUUAUGAUUUAUUACUUUAUUCAUAUAUAUAUCUUUUUUCAUAUUUCUCAAUUCAGUUUGAAAUCAAUAUCACAUGGAAUCAAUAUUAAAAGUAAUUAUUUGUAAAAAAAAGAGAAAUAAAAAAUAAAAUUAAAUAGUAAAUUGACAUGAUGUCAAAAUAAAAUAAAAGUAUAUUUUCUAUACAAAUAAAAACUGUAAGCAUAAAAUUCAAUGUACAAUAAAUAUUAAUCAAAUGAUAAAUUGUCAAUUCUAAUAUUUGUUUAUAUAAGAAAAGAAAUAAAGUUUAAAAAAAAAGAAAAAAAA